AUGACGGAGCUACAAUUGCAAAACAGGCUCCUCACGCCGUUUUUGCCGAAAACCGUGCCGCCGAUUCCAGAGGAAAAUGAGCGGCCGGAAUACCCCACAACCCUCAAUCCGUUGUCGUACCUCUUUUUCUGGUGGUUGCACCCGGUUAUGAGGGUCGGCUAUAAGCGGACGCUAGAGCCGGCCGACAUGUUCACGCUCAACGAGGAUAUCAAGGUGGAGACUUUGACAAGGCGAUUCCAGGGCAUUUUCAAGCGCCGUUUGGAUACCGCUCAACAUCAGCACGUGCUUGCCAAAAUCAAACAGCGAAGCGAAACCUCGGAAACGUCGUCUGUUUCGUUUGCCGAGGAUGUGCGGGAUCUCGAGUUGCUGAAGCACUUCCUCACCGUGGCGCUUUUCCUCACCUUCAAGUGGCAGUAUUCGCUAGCAUGCAUAUUCUUGGUGUUGGCCAGUGUGGGCCUGUCCACCGCGCCAUUGCUCUCUAAAAAGUUGAUUGAGUUCGUGGAGCUCCGGGCCCUCGGCGCAGACGUCAGCAUCGGGUCCGGCGUCGGCUAUGCGCUUGGAAGCUCGUUUUUGGUGCUCGUCAUUGGCUUGCUCUUGAACCACACCUUUCAAAAAUCCAUGCUCACCGGGGCGCAGACCAACGCAGUGUUAGUCAAGGCCAUUUUGGACAAGUCUUUCCGAUUGAACGGCCAGCUGAGGCACGACUACCCGGUGUCCAAAAUCACAUCCAUCAUGAGCACCGACUUGGCGCGGAUCGAUUUUGCCUUGGGUUUCCAGCCGUUCCUCGUCUCGUUUCCUGUGGCCGUGGGCAUCACCAUUGGCAUCUUGUGUGAUAACAUCGGUGCCCCGGCCAUGCGGGCCAACAAAUUCACCGACUCGCGUGUCAACUACAUGAAGGAGGUGUUGUCCAACCUCAAAAUGAUCAAGUUCUACUCGUGGGAAGCGCCGUAUUUCGACCGCAUCACGGAAAACAGAACCGACGAAAUGCACAUCAUCUUCAACAUGCAGAUGGUGCGCAACACCAUUGUAUCGGUUGCCACGUCCUUGACGCUUUUUGCGUCCAUGGCGUCCUUUUUGGUGGUGUAUGCCACCCUGGGCUCCACGCAGUCUCCAGCAGAAAUCUUCUCCUCGGUGUCUCUUUUUAACUCCUUGACGCAGCAGGUGUUCAUGCUUCCUUUGGCCUUGAGCACUGCAGCUGACGCAGCUGUGGGGAUCCAAAGAGUGGCUGGUUUCUUGGCCGCCGAGGAGACAGACACUCUGGCACUAGAAACGGACGUGCGGCCGGAAAUGGUGGAGUAUAUGGACCGCAAAAAGUUGGCUGUCAAGAUCUCCAACGCCACGUUCAAGUGGGACUCGUACCAGAGUGCCGAGCCCGAACUCACGUCAUCUGACUCUGGUACGCUUCACGGCGACAAACUGUCCAAAAGCGGAAAGCACGUGCCGCUUGCCGCGCUGGGAAAGCUGGACGUGUCUUCCAGCUCGUCCUCGGAGGCGCUUGAGGCGACCAUUUUCGACUCCUUGCGCAACAUCGACUUGGAGAUCCGGAAGGGCGAAUUCAUCGCCAUCACAGGCCUUAUCGGCACCGGCAAAUCGUCGCUCUUGAACGCCAUUGCUGGUUUCAUGAGCAGAAAAGACGGUGCCAUCGACACCGUGGGCUCGCUCUUGCUCUGCGGCGCCCCAUGGAUUCAAAAUACCACGGUCAAAGAGAACAUUUUGUUUGGCAGCCCGCUCGACGAGAAGAGGUAUCAAGACGUGGUAUAUGCGUGUUCGCUUGAGAGCGACUUGAAGAUUCUUCCUGCGGGCGAUCAGACCGAGAUUGGCGAAAGGGGAAUCACGUUGUCUGGGGGCCAGAAAGCCAGGAUCAACUUGGCCAGGGCAGUGUACGCAGACAAAGACAUCAUCUUGAUGGAUGACGUGUUGAGUGCUGUGGAUGCCCGUGUCGGAAAGCACAUUGUCAACUCGUGCCUCAUGACUUUGAUGGCCGAAAAAACCAGGAUCUUGGCCACGCACCAGUUGUCGUUGAUUGGCGAUGCCGACCGCAUAGUCUUUUUGAAAGGAGAUGGCACCAUAGAAGUGGGCCUCUUGGACGACUUACAGCUGCGCGUGGCAGAGUUCCGCGAGUUGAUGGCAUUUAACGCCCGGGCAAAGGACGAAGAAGAGGACGAGGAAAAUGUCCCGGAUGGAAAUGCAGAAAAAGAGUUGAUUGCCAAGCAGCUCACGCGCCAGUCCACUGCCGUUGACGAAGAAAAAGUGCGCCAUGACUACGACGCUAAUAAACAUAAUGACGGUCGCUUAAUCAUGGACGAAGCCCGGGCGGUGAACGCCAUUUCAUUCGAUGUUGUUCGGAACUACAUCAAAUAUGGCUCCGGGGUCUUUAAGCACUACUCGAUUGUGCCCUUGCUUGUGCUUCUUACCAUGAUCUCAGUAUUUUGUCAAUUGUUCACCAACACGUGGUUGUCAUUCUGGACGGAGCUCAAAUUCCCCGGCAAGAGCAACGGCUUCUACAUCGGGUUUUACGUGAUGUUCACCAUCUUGGCAUUCGUGUUUAUCACCAUACAAUUCUUGCUCCUCACCUACAUGACUAUCAAGGCAUCGAAGGUCUUGCAUAUCAAGGCCGUCGAGCAGAUCUUGCGUGUGCCCAUGUCAUACAUGGACACAACUCCCAUGGGAAGGAUCAUCAACAGAUUCACCAAGGACACCGACACUUUGGACAACGAAAUCGGUAACCAGUUCCGCAUGGUAGUCAACAUAUUCUCCACCAUUGUUGGUGUGCUCAUUUUAUGUGUCAUCUAUCUUCCCUGGUUCGCCAUUGCCAUUCCGGCCUUAGUUGCGAUUUUCAUAGUGGUUUCCAACUUUUAUCAGGCAUCUGCCAGAGAGGUCAAGCGCUUGGAGGCUGUACAACGAUCUUUAGUCUACAAUAACUUCAACGAGACUUUGGGCGGCAUGGAAACCAUCAAAGCCUACAAAAAGGAAACCAUGUUCAUCGACAAGAACAGUACUCUUAUCAACCGGAUGAACGAGUCAUACUACAUCACCAUUGCCAACCAGCGUUGGUUGGCCAUUCACUUGGAUUUUGUCGCCACCAUUCUUGUGAUCGUGAUAUCCCUCCUCUGUGUGUUCCGUGUGUUCGACAUCAGCGCUUCUUCUGUUGGUUUGCUUUUGUCUUAUGUCUUGCAAAUUGCCGGCCAGUUAUCGCUCUUGGUGAGAAUGUUCACGCAGUUGGAAAAUGAGUUCAACUCAGUGGAAAGGCUUAGUGAAUACGCUUUCAGACUACCGCAGGAAGCGCCUGCGCUCAUUUCAGAGACCACGCCCCAUGAGUCUUGGCCCGAUACAGGUAUGAUCAGGUUCGAAAAUGCCUCUUUGGCUUACAGGCCUGGGUUGCCUCUUGUGUUGAAGAGCUUGAACAUGGACGUGAAGCCACGAGAGAAAAUUGGUGUGUGUGGCAGAACUGGCGCUGGCAAGUCGUCGAUCAUGGCUGCGUUAUACAGGUUGUCCGAGUUGGAGUCUGGCAAGAUUGAAAUUGAUGGGAUUGAUAUAUCACAGCUCGGUCUUCACACCUUGCGCUCGAAAUUGUCGAUCAUUCCCCAAGAUCCUGUGUUGUUCAAGGGUACUAUCCGCAAGAACUUGGACCCGUUUGGCGAGAGUUCUGAGGAAGAAUUGUGGACAGCUUUGACGAGAGCAGGUUUGAUUGAAAGCGGUAAAAUGGCUUUGAUCAAGGCCCAGGCCCAGCUGAGCGACAAUUUGCACAAAUUUCAUUUGGAGAGGGAAGUCGAUCACGAUGGCGCCAACUUUUCUUUAGGAGAAAGACAGCUUAUCUCUUUCGCCAGGGCUCUAGUGAGAGGUUCCAAAAUCUUGAUUUUGGACGAAGCCACGUCCUCUGUGGAUUACGAGACCGACAGCAAGAUUCAAAGUACUAUUGUGCGUGAAUUUGAGGACUGCACAAUUUUGUGUAUUGCCCACCGUUUGAAAACCAUCUUGCACUAUGAUCGAAUUCUUGUGUUGGAUAAGGGUGAGAUCAAGGAGUUUGAUACGCCGUGGAAUUUGUUCACUCUGAAGGACAGCAUCUUUCAGCAGAUGUGCAGCAAGUCAAACAUUGUGGCAGAGGAUUUCUUGGAAAGAGAAUGA